UCCAAAUUAAAGACCAAUACUUUUCCAGCACCAACACGACCCACCGGAUCGUCGUCAUCAAUGACGGACGCGGCGCUCUCUGAGGUCAUUUUUGGAGCCCCCUUUCUCAACACGAACCCCGACGACCAGCCCACCGAAUCGUCAGUAGUACUCGUAGUGGCCGGCCCAGCCUUCUUCGACAUGAACGCCGGCGAACAACCCAUACCCUGAUACCCUCUUCCUUAGCAAUGGCGAACCCGGAGCAAUCUGAGUCCGAGGUGCUUUUCAUCACCGCAUAUUCCAACCAACGACCUACCCGACCGUGGGGUCUCCCAGUGGCCGACUCUGAGGGCCUGCCUUCUCAGUAUACUACAACGACGGACCCCGGCGCUCUCUGAGGUGCCUUCCUCCCGGCGAGCAACCCACCGAAUCGUCCGUAGUACUUGUAGCGGCCUGCCGAGCCUUCUUCGACAUGAACGCAGGCGAACAACCCAGCCGUUCGUGGUCACUCCCGGCCUCGGCAGUAUCGGAGCGUGGGCUUAACCCCAAUGUCAGACCUCUUAACUACUACAAGAAUCAGAUAUAUGUCCGAGGACUACCAUACUCGAUGACUGAUGCACAACUCGAAGCAAUCUUCCGCGCUAGAUUUGGUGCAGGUGUAGUGAACGUGAAAGUUUGGCUCAAUAAGUACGGGAUCACUAUACAGUGUGGCCAUGUCACUUUUGGAUCGCGUAGCUUGGUGGAAGAGGCGGUGGCGCUGGGCGACUGGCAAGGGAUCAGAAUCGAAAGGCAUAGACCUCAGUUCCCGAAAACACUGUUACGAGCAUUGCGAGUGAGUUCUGAGGAUCCCAAUUCGCAGCUUUAUGUGGCCCAAGCGAAGACUGAGCUGGACAGUUGGAGAAAGAUUUAUGUCGAGUGGCAGCAAAGCAUGCUGGCAGAGAGGCUCCGCUUGACCCUAUCGACUUCUUACUCCUUGUUCUAGUUUCGUUCUGGUAAAGUUUAGCAGUACUUACUGGGUACGUAACUACGUAUACUUUGCUGGAUAAUACGUACUCCUUUAGUUUACUUAAUAAUGGAAGCUAGCCGGGGAUGGACUCUAGUUACUUUAUUCAAAGUUUGUAUAAUAUGCUGACUCUUAUACAGUACUCUGGAUCCUAAUUUCUGGAGUGUCAUG